UAUCACAAAAUCAAGAAGUAGUUAUAUUUUACUAUAUUGUUUCAAACAAGAAAACAAAAAAUGGGAUCAAAGGCAUUUAUGGUUCUAGGCAUUGUUUUGGCUAUUUUUCUUGUGCUAACCUCAGAGGUUGCAGCUAGGGAGUUGGCUCAGAGCUCCACCACUUCUCAGGACAACGGACAGGAAAAUGAGUUAAACGACGCCAAAUUUCUAGAUGUAGUUAUUCACGGACACAGAGGAGGAAUGGGACGAGGAAUGGGACGAGGUGGAUUUGAAGGAGGAUAUGGUGGUGGCCGCGGAUAUAAUGGCGGUUAUCCCAGAGGAGGAUAUGGUGGAUAUUAUCCUGGUGGUGGCCGUGGACAUAGUGGUGGUUAUCCAAGAGGAGGAUAUGGUGGAUAUUAUCCUGGUGGUGGUUAUGGAGGAUGGCCUCGCAACUAAUUGAUUAAUUACUAAGGAAUAUAUAUAUAUAUAUAUAUAUGAAGAAUAUUCAUGGUGGCUAUUUAUAUUUCAGUAUUGUGUGUAGUAGCAGGUAUAGUUUUGUUGUUGGAAGUAUGAAUAAAUGUAUAAUAAACCUCCAUUCAUUUAGUAUGAAUGGAUGGUUAUCAAUUAUCACGUCAGGUUUCUUUACGUAGUUAAUUAUAUCAGGGAACUUACUUUAUAGUAUGCAUCCGUUUUCGUUUACAUGUAAUUGUCAUCCAAAUAGUUAAGGGAAAAUCUAAUAAAGUUAUAUCUUUCCUUUGUA